CUCUUGCAGUCACCCUUCCUCUCCGUCCAGUACGGUGGCCGACGGGAGCCAGGCGCUGGGGAUGAAUGAAGGAUCAACAGUAAUAAUGACUGAGUGUACAAGCCUUCAGUUCGUCAGCCCUUUUGCUUUUGAGGCAAUGCAGAAGGUGGAUGUUGUUCGUUUGGCAUCUUUAAGUGAUCCUGAAUUAAGACUUCUCCUACCCUGCUUGGUGCGGAUGGCACUUUGUGCUCCUGCUGACCAGAGCCAAAGCUGGGCCCAGGAUAAAAAACUUAUCCUUCGCCUUCUCUCUGGUGUGGAAGCUGUCAACUCCAUUGUUGCAUUGUUGUCUGUGGACUUUCAUGCUUUAGAACAGGAUGCCAGCAAAGAACAGCAGCUUAGGCAUAAACUUGGAGGAGGCAGUGGAGAGAGUAUCCUGGUAUCACAGCUUCAACAUGGACUGACGUUAGAAUUUGAACACAGUGAUUCACCUCGUCGACUGCGUCUUGUGCUCAGUGAACUAUUGGCAAUUAUGAACAAGGUAUCUGAGUCUAGUGGAGAGUUUUUUUUCAAGUCCUCUGAACUAUUUGAGAGUCCAGUGUAUUUGGAGGAAGCUGCGGAUGUACUUUGUAUCUUACAAGCAGAGCUUCCUUCCCUGCUUCCUAUUGUUGAUGUAGCUGAAGCCUUGCUACAUGUUAGAAAUGGUGCCUGGUUCUUGUGUCUGUUGGUGGCCAAUGUUCCUGAUAGUUUUAAUGAAGUUUGUAGGGGCCUGAUCAAAAAUGGAGAACGGCAAGAUGAAGAAAGUCUUGGAGGAAGGCGCAGGACAGAUGCCUUACGCUUCCUAUGUAAGAUGAAUCCUUCUCAAGCCCUCAAGGUCCGAGGCAUGGUGGUGGAAGAAUGUCACCUGCCAGGCCUUGGAGUGGCUUUGACACUAGAUCAUACUAAAAACGAAGCUAGUGAAGAUGGAGUGAGUGACUUGGUUUGUUUUGUCAGUGGCCUGCUUCUUGGAACAAAUGCGAAAGUCCGGACUUGGUUUGGAACUUUUAUCCGAAAUGGACAGCAGAGAAAAAGAGAGACCAGUAGUUCUGUCCUUUGGCAAAUGAGAAGGCAGCUGCUUCUGGAGUUGAUGGGCAUUCUUCCCACAGUAAGAAGUACCCGCCUUGUGGAAGAAGCUGAUGUGGAGAUGGAGCCCAGUGUGUCUGUGUAUUCGGGGCUGAAAGAAGAGCAUGUUGUGAAAGCCAGUGCGCUCUUACGUCUGUACUGUGCUUUGAUGGGGAUCGCUGGACUCAAGCCAACUGAGGAGGAAGCUGAACAACUACUGCAGCUGAUGACCAGCCGUCCUCCUGCCACACCAGCUGGGGUUCGCUUUGUUUCACUUUCCUUCUGUAUGCUACUGGCCUUUUCUACACUCGUCAGUACACCUGAACAGGAACAGCUAAUGGUAGUGUGGCUAAGUUGGAUGAUAAAAGAAGAAGCUUAUUUUGAGAGUACUUCAGGUGUCUCUGCUUCUUUCGGGGAGAUGUUACUAUUGGUUGCUAUGUACUUUCAUAGCAACCAGCUUAGUGCUAUCAUUGACUUGGUCUGUUCCACUUUGGGGAUGAAGAUUGUAAUUAAGCCAAGCUCCUUGAGCAGGAUGAAGACUAUCUUCACUCAGGAAAUUUUUACUGAGCAGGUUGUCACAGCACAUGCAGUUCGGGUCCCUGUCACCAGCAACCUGAGUGCCAACAUUACUGGAUUUUUGCCUAUUCACUGUAUUUACCAGCUCCUCAGGAGUCGUUCCUUUACCAAGCACAAAGUGUCAAUAAAAGACUGGAUUUACAGACAGCUGUGUGAAACCUCCACUCCACUCCAUCCUCAGUUACUUCCUCUGAUAGACGUAUAUAUAAAUUCUAUACUUACUCCUGCAUCUAAAUCUAAUCCAGAAGCCACAAAUCAGCCAGUCACAGAACAGGAGAUACUCAAUAUCUUCCAAGGAGUCAUUGGGUUGGAAAGUAAAGGAUUUAAUACAACUCAACCUGUAUUGAGUCUUGGAAAAGCUGCUAUGCAAAGAAAGCCCAAAUCAUACUCGUCUUCUUUAAUGGAUCAGAUUCCUAUCAAAUUCCUUAUUCGACAGGCUCAAGGGCUGCAGCAGGAGUUGGGAGGAUUGCAUUCUGCUUUACUACGUCUUCUUGCAACUAACUACCCACAUUUAUGCAUUGUGGAUGAUUGGAUCUGUGAAGAAGAAAUCACAGGGACUGAUGCCCUGUUAAGGAGAAUGCUCCUGACUAAUAAUGCCAAAAACCACUCCCCUAAACAACUCCAAGAAGCAUUUUCAGCUGUCCCAGUAAGUCACACACAAGUGAUGCAGAUUCUAGAACACUUGACUCUACUCUCUGCCAGUGAACUUAUACCAUAUGCAGAAGUAUUAACAUCCAAUAUGAACCAGUUGUUGAAUACAGGGGUUCCACGGCGAAUUCUUCAAACAGUAAAUAAACUGUGGAUGGUUCUUAAUACUGUGAUGCCUAGAAGGCUGUGGGUAAUGACAGUAAAUGCACUUCAACCUUCAAUAAAGUUUGUACGACAACAAAAGUAUACUCAGAAUGACCUGAUGAUAGAUCCUCUUAUUGUCCUAAGAUGUGAUCAGAGGGUACACAGGUGCCCUCCACUGAUGGACAUUACUCUACACAUGUUGAAUGGAUAUCUUCUUGCAUCCAAAGCCUAUCUUAGUGCUCAUCUGAAGGAAACAGCAGAGCAAGAUAGGCCUUCCCAGAAUAAUACAAUAGGUUUAAUUGGACAAAAUGAUGGCCCAGAAGUUACCAGAGAAGAAUUGAAAAAUGCAUUACUGGCUGCUCAGGAUAGUGCAGCUGUCCAGAUUCUCUUGGAGAUUUGCUUACCUACUGAAGAGGAGAAAUCCAAGGGUGUCAAUCCAGACAGCUUGCUAAGGAACGUUCAAAGUGUUAUCACAACUAGUGCUCCAAAUAAGGGAAUGGAGGAAGGGGAAGACAGUUUGCUCUGUAAUCUUCGAGAAGUUCAGUGCCUUAUCUGUUGUCUGUUGCACCAAAUGUACAUUGCAGAUCCCAACAUUGCUAAGCUUGUUCACUUUCAGGGUUAUCCAUGUGAACUUUUACCUCUAACGGUUGCAGGCAUUCCCUCUAUGCACAUUUGUCUGGAUUUCAUACCUGAGCUUAUUGCACAGCCAGAACUUGAAAAACAGAUAUUUGCAAUCCAGUUGCUUUCUCAUUUGUGUAUCCAGUAUUCAUUACCGAAGUCACUCAGUGUGGCUCGCUUAGCUGUCAAUGUCAUGGGAACUUUGCUAACAGUUUUAACACAAGCUAAGCGAUACGCUUUUUUCAUGCCAACUUUGCCAAGUUUGGUCUCUUUUUGCCGAGCAUUUCCUCCACUGUAUGAGGAUAUUAUGUCUUUGCUGAUCCAAAUAGGGCAAGUCUGUGCCUCUGAUGUUGCCACUCAGACAAGAGACAUUGAUCCAAUUAUUACACGUCUUCAACAAAUAAAGGAGAAACCAAGUGGAUGGUCUGGGAUCUGUAAAGAUCCAUCUUAUAAAAAUGGAUCCAGAGAUAUUGGAAGCAUGGAUCCUGAUGUACAGCUCUGUCAUUGUAUUGAAAGCACAAUAAUUGAAAUAAUAAACAUGAGUGUUAGUGGAAUUUAAAAGAAAAAGACUUAAAAUAACAAAGCUGUUUGCUGCAUAUACCGAACACGAAUCUGCAUCUUAUAACAACUCUAAACUGAAUGGGAACAGUAAUGUCUUGGAAUCUCUAAGAUGAUUUAAUUCAACAUGAAUACAAUUUAGAACUCUUUUGAGAAUUAUGCUUGCUUGUAUUUGAUUGGCAGUCCUUCGGAUCACUUUGCUGGUAUGUUUAUAUUGUAGCAGCCAAGCUUUUUUUCCCCCCUCUUGGGAGCACAUUUAAGACACUCAUUCCUGGAAAGUGAAUUUGGCCUUGUAUUUAGUUUUUGAAGUGAAGAGAAACUGUCAUGCCUUCAGUUUAAUUUCUUAUAAAAAUGAGUCUGUGGGAAACCCUACUGUUGAUUUAAACUUUCAGCCAGUAACAAUAUGACAAUGAUGAGAGGGAGAAAAAGGGAAAGGGAGAAAUCAGGAAAAAUCACGAGUUUAAAUACCCAAAUAGAAAUCUCUAAAGCUUGCUAUGCAAGUAAUAGUAAUGCAAGAUGGAAUUCCAGUUCUCAAGAAACAGUAUAGAGAAGGCUUUUAAAAAGGCAGAUAGCUGUUUGUAAAUGAUUUUCAUGGAAUUUCAGAUGAGAAUUUUAAGAUUUUACAUAUUUGCUUCAAUUUUUACUAAUGUAUGAAGCCGUAUGUUUAAAGAGAUACUUGAAUAAUUUGGAAUUUUAACAUACUGGUUUAAAAGUGUUUACAGAAAUAUCUUUGUGCAGAGAAGGACCGAAAGGAGGUCUUAGUUUUUUUUAAAUUUAUUUUUAUAAUGCUUUACUAACUUAUCUAAUGGUCAGGGGGGAAAUACAUUGGUAUCUUACUGAAGUUUAGAGCAAUAAAACUAACUGGAUUAAAGAGCUCUUGGUUUGUCAGGAUUAUGAUUCAUAUAUCAUAAUUUUGUAAGAUCUUUGAGUAAGAAAAUAUAUAUAGUAUUUGGACCUCAGGAAAAAUUAAAAAGCAUAAAAUCCCAUGUUGCUAAAGGAUCUUUCAGUCCUCUGUUAGUAACUUUCAUUGAUUAAGUAGAUGCAUUCAGGUAACCCAUAAUCCUCUUUUUUUCCCCUUAAUUAAGUAUUCAAUAUAGAAGGUACUUCUCUGCUUUCUGAGAUACACCUGAAUGACACUGUCCCUCCACUCUUCCCCUCACACACUCAAAACAGACCUCUUUGUUUGUAAAAGAAAUUGGGCAGGCUAGUAACGAAGUGUAACUUUUAAAAAAAUAAACUUAACUUCAGCCUUUUCACUAGCAUAUAGGCAUAUCUCAUUUUCUUCCUUUGUAAAAUGGGAUUACUAUUGGCCCUACCUCAUUAAGGGUAUUAUAUAAGAACCAAUCUGUGUAGUUGUUUUAAGUCAUGAAGUACACAGAAUCACAGAUAGAAUAUUUAUAACUUUAUUAGAUGCUUAAUGUUCAAUUAAGUAAUUUUGAUGUGAAGAAUAAGAGCAUAACUUUAAAGAAAUACCUUAAGAAUUUUCAUAUUUUUAAACACGGCAGUUUUGCAGUCUUUUAAGAUUAAAUACAACUGCUGUUUUAAUUUUUUUUUUAACUGAGGCGUAGGAAUAUUCUGUAUGAGUAGAUCAUAUCUAGGAGUUCAGAAAAGGUUGAAAUACGUUUUCUCACUAAAUGCAGUGCACAUUUCCUGGAUCAAUUUUCAAAACCUGUGCAAAACCUGCUGUUUUAAAAUAAAAACAUAGGCUAUUUCUCAUCAAAUUUGUUGAUGAUGUAAAUAAAAUGUAUAAAUAAAUUAGUAAAUGUUAAUAUUCAUGUAUUUUAAGUUAAGGUUAUAAAAUUUGUCAUAAUGUGAUUUUUUUUAUUAAAGUGAAAAUGUGUGCAGCUAUUUUAAAUAUUGGUUUACAAACAUACAUAUCUUUAUCAAAUGGA